AUGGAGGAUCUAACUGAUGAACAAGUUAUUGAGGAAACCCUUAGUGCAUAUAAGCAAUACAGAGACUAUGCAUUGAAGGAAUACUAUACGCCCAGACUGGUAAAGUGGGAGGCCUUGCCCGAAAUACAGAGAAAACUGGUACCGAGUUAUUCAUCAUAUUUAAGCAAUCUGAAGAGAUGCAUAUCUUUGAAUGCUGAUUUUAUUGAAGGUGCAGUGGAGUUCUUCGAGCAUGCAAGUGGUAUACAAGGCAGUGUUUCACGGCCGGUCAGUCGAUCAAAUAUGGAAAAGGUAGUAUCCAUGCUGGCACAACUUUAUAGAGAAUGGUCUGCAGAAGCUUCAAGUGAGCGAGACAUACUGUUGAGUAGAUUGAUGCCCUUUUUAUCGGAACUACAAGGGAAUUCGAGCUCGGAGGAACCUCUGGAAAUCUUAGUCCCUGGGCUGGGCACAGCCAGACUGAUUGCAGAUCUGGUAAUGCAUGGUUAUAGAAGUGAAGGUAACGAGUAUUCAUACUAUAUGAUAAUUAUGUCUAUGUUCAUGUUAAAUGGUGGUCUGUCCAGCAAGGGCAUUGAGAUAUACCCCUUUGUGCAUACAAAUUCGCAUUGGAAGGAAAGGAACCUCAUGUUUAAGCCUAUACGUAUCCCUGACUUCGAUAUACAAUCAGAAUUAGCCGGCAACAACCUGAUGCAAAUCUCUAUGGGGUCGUUUGUAGAUUGUUAUGGCCCCAAUGAAGGCAUAUUGGGUUCUUCCCAUUACAACAUCAAUCAAGAGAUGAACUUGAAACGGCUCAACUCCAAAUCAACGAAGGACGUAGUGGUGACCAAUUUCUUCCUAGACACGUCAGGCAAUGUCAUUGACUAUUUACUUGCUAUAGAGCAUGUACUAAGGCCCGGUGGUACAUGGAUCAAUUUUGGCCCGUUGGUAUACCAUCAUGAGAAUGACAACGAUUCGGACAUAAAUUAUGAAGUCGAUCCCUACUCGGGGGAACGGACAGACCACAGCCCAAUACCGAUGAAAGGAAUUGAACUCACAGUCGAUGAGAUAGUUGCAGUAGCCUUAAAACUGGGGUUCACCAUGCUCAAAAGAGAGGACGGAAUAUUGAGUGGGUAUGGCCAACUUCCUUUUCCAGAGAGUGGUCUCAAUGGCUUGCCGGGUUAUAGAUGCAGCUACUGGGUGAUGAAAAAGAGAACGGAACUAAUGGAAGGUGCAUUAUAA